GCAGCACUGGUUUCUAAGCAACACCGUGUAAAUAUCUCACCUCUCAGCUCCGUCAAAGCUCCACACAGAUUAGCCGCCUUCGUUGAAAUGUGCGUCUCAUAAAUGACAUGUUGUCUCUGCCAUGCGCUUUUACUGUCUAGGCGGGAGACAGUAGAGGUGGGACACUGAAGGGAGCUGUACUGCACCGAGACAGCCGAGACGGUACUGAAAGUGUGGCUCCAUUCAUAAAGGCCAAUGGGGCUCUUCGACAAGCUGGCCGGAUGGCUGGGCUUGAAAAAGAAAGAAGUGAACGUGCUGUGCCUGGGGCUGGACAACAGCGGGAAGACCACCAUCAUUAACCAGCUGAAGCCCACUAAUGCUCAGGCUCAAGACAUUGUGCCCACCAUAGGCUUUAGCAUAGAGAAGUUCAAGACAUCAAGCCUGUCGUUCACAGUCUUCGACAUGUCGGGCCAGGGUAGGUACAGAAACCUGUGGGAGCACUAUUAUAAGGAGGGUCAGGCCAUCAUAUUUGUUAUCGACAGCAGUGAUAAACUCAGAAUGGUGGUGGCCAAAGAAGAGUUGGACACCCUCCUAAACCAUCCUGAUAUCAAGCAUAGGAGGAUCCCCAUUCUGUUCUUCGCUAAUAAGAUGGACCUAAGGGACGCACUGUCAUCAGUGAAGGUCUCUCAGCUCCUUUGCCUGGAGAACAUCAAGGACAAACCCUGGCAUAUCUGUGCCAGUAAUGCUGUCCAGGGCGAGGGUCUGCAGGAGGGAGUUGACUGGCUGCAAGAUCAGAUCAGAACGAUGAGAACGUGAAGUCAUCGUAAAAUACGGGGGAAAAAUGUCACAUCUUGUUCAUGCAAUAGCAGCGAUGCUGUCCACAAACGUCAAAUCAAGCCUGACCCUUGGCCUUCAAAGCGUGGGCAUGAUGGGCCAUCUGUGGUGACCCACGCUUGGAAGCUCAGAGUUCAGUAGUGCGAGAUGCUGUUUUGCUUUCAUUCUGUUGCACUGCAUGUUGUUUUUUUCAAAUUCUUAGAUUGUCUUUUAUAAUAGGCAACCAAAUAAGUCAGAUGCGCUUAUGACAGUGUUUGUAAAAUGUAAUGAAAUUGCAAACACUUUUAUACCUCAGCUGAAGAGCAGACAACAUAAUUUUUUUUGAUUUGCGCUCAUUUUACAAUCAUUUGGCUACCAGGCAUAAUGAAUACAGCCCAAGAGCACUGUAUGGUUUUUGAGCUUCAUAAAGCAGGAUUUCAGUUAGCCAGAUAACUUAAGCCUGAUCUAACUGAUGUAGAUUAUCUAGCUCAGUAUUUUCAUUACCAAUCUUCAUGAUUCACUGCCCUGUGCAAUGUUUUUCUAGCCAUAUCUUGCUAAUUGUACACAUUGGAAGGGUAUUGCAUAAAACUGGAUUUUUGGUUAGAUAGAUAACUAAGCCAAAAAUGAGCUCUUAUUUGAUUGUGCUUCUCCUAUCAGACAGUCUUGAUUUUUGGUUUUAGUUGUCCAGCUAAACGGAAUAUCCUGCUUUGUUAAAUACGUCCUGGGGUGACACAUCAAUAUUGUGCUAAAAUCAAUGGUUGCUAUUUGCAGUAGUUUGUCCAUUAUCAGAAACGUUUUCCUUCCUUUUCACUGUUUGUUCUCACUUGUGCUAAUAAGGGUUUUGGAGAAACCCAGACAUGAUUUGUCCAAAUGCAAGAUGUCUUUUUCAGCUGGAUAAUUUAAGCCCUAGGUUGUAGUUGUGGCUCUUCUCCCAUUGCACAGGGCUCGUCUUUCAGCUUAAAUUGUCUGGCUCUCUGCUUUGUUAAAUACCAUUUUCCAUUUUCUUUGUGAUGAAUAUAGGAGUAUUUAAAGUAGCAACUUGAGGAACCUCCGCUUUGCCAGGUAGCUUGUUUUAUAGGCAUGUUUAGAGUAUUGUCUCUAGAAGAUUUAUAUUGUGGUACUGUAAGUAUGUGGACAGAUGAAAUAUUUGCUUAAGAAACAUUCCUGUGUUUUUUUUUUUUUUUUGUUUGUUUGUUUUUUUGUUUGUUUUUUAAUUAUAUAUCUACUUAAUUUUAUAAUUAUUACCAAAACUCAAAUAAUAGAGUUAUUGCUGAGGCAGUAUUUCAUAUUAUACAUGCAGGCUCUGCUGUAAUUUCUUCACUCAAAGAAUGUAUAGUUUCCAUCCAGUGUGUCUCUAAAGUUGUCUUGUACUGGUUUAUUUAAAGAGUAAAAGGUCUACAAGUAAAA